ACCUUCUCCGCGAAGUGACCAUCUUCUCGCCGGAGUUCCCUCACUCUCGAAGAGCCAGACAGGGCUCUCUGAAAUGUAUAUGACCUUCAAGCUCCUGAUCAUUGGCGGCGAGAUUGUUGAAGAGGAAGGCGAGUGGGAGAAAGAAAGAUAGAUUUCGUACCCGAUUUGAAUCCAUUAUCCUUCGCGAAGAUUUCGGGGAAUUUCAGCGCCUUGAGUAGAUCUGAUUUUUUCUACCGCAGAGUUCUCUCCAGAUCUUCGAUUAAAUAGGAUAAAUUGAAUCUCAGAAGCGCGAGGUUUGAUCUGGGAUCGGAGUGCUGCGAGAAUGGCGGCGAAGAUGAUGAGGAAGGAGGCAGCGGUGGUGCAGGGGAACGCGACGGAAGCAAAGACGGAGGAGGCCACUGCGGCUGCGGCGGCGGCGAAGUCGAAUGAAGUGGUGUUCGCGAAAUGCGAGUGCUGCGGAUUGACGGAGGAGUGCACGGAGGCGUACGUGGCAAAGGUCCGGGAGAAGAACCAGGGGCGGUGGAUUUGCGGGCUGUGCGCGGAGGCUGUGAAGGACGAGAUGGUGAGGUCGGAGCGGCGCAUCGGCAAGGAAGAGGCUUUGAACCGUCACAUGUCGUUCUACAAGAAGUUCAAAGCACAGAGCCCGCCGCCCAACCCGACGGAGGAGCUCAUUCUGGCCGUGAAGCAGCUGCUGCUGCGGAGCUUGGAUUCCCCGCGGUCAAGUCCGGUGAGAAAGCCCACUUUUCUCCGAUCUCAGAGCUGCUUUUCGUCAAUUGAUGGAUGAACAUGAACUUGCCUCCCCAUUCUUUUUCAUUUACCAAAAAAAAAAAAUCAAUCUCAAAAUAGUCUGUUUGAUGAAUAAAAUGAGCAAAUUACCAGUGUUCAAAAAUCAAAACCCCCCAUGUGUAUACAUCAUUCCAUUGAUAAGAUUAUAAAUC